ACUAUGUACUGUGAGUCUAUGGUUCUGAUACAAGUGUUAAAAAAUAUUGCGAUUGAUUGCGAUAAAGUUUGUAACGUGUGACAAAUUCGCUUUUGGCAAUAAAAAAAUUAAUAACAGAACCAGCGACAACCAGCGAGCUAAGAAUGCAGCGUGUUGGAGUUAAGACUAUUCGUAGUAUUAUAGGUAGUAGGCUGUAUACUACAGUACCUGCACAGGAGCAAGUAGUGUCUGCUACCUUUAAGGUUCAAGAUCCAAAAGAUUUCGACGAACGUGUGAAGAAUUCUAAAGUACCUGUCAUUAUAGACUUUUUUGCCACAUGGUGCAAUCCAUGCCGCAUGUUGACUCCGAGAAUAGAAACAGUUGUUGCCGAGAAGCAAGGGAAGAUACUGUUGGCUAAAGUUGAUAUUGAUGAGAACACAGAUCUCGCUCUUGAUUAUAGUGUGGGAUCUGUACCUGUACUUAUCGCCAUGAAAGAUGGGAAGGUCCUGGAAAGAAUAGUCGGUCUUCAAGAUACUGACAAGCUCAGACAAUUUGUUAAUAAAUAUGCUGAAUAGUGUAGCUAAAAAUUAUUGUGUAUAUUACUUUUAGUGGAUGUGGUAAAUUAUUGAGUUUUUUGCAGAAAAUUUCUACAUAUUUUAAAUGGUAUUAUAUUUAUAGAUGUAAUUACCAUUGCAACUAUGUGAUAAAUUCCUCUUAAUUGUUGAGUAAA